CAAAAACUUGGUUAACGUCAGAAUUAUUAGAUAAUGAAAUUCAGUUGACUGGUUUUCUAACCAAUAGGGCUGACAGAUUAAACUGUAGGGAAGGCGGGGUUAUCCUGUACACGAAAAGUACCCUAACCAUAAGAGGAGCUGAGACAGUGGCACAUGUUUCAGGAACAUGUGAACUGGUGCGAUGUAUGCUGAAAUGUAGACGGCAAGAUAUUCAAUUAGUUGUAGUAUACAGCAUUCCAGAACGUGUAGCAGAUGAUUUUAUCCAAAGUAAACUUGAGUUCUGGUGUAACAAGGGUAAAAGCCCUGUAGUAGGCGUCUUUAAUGCACCGUACAUAAACUGGGUUAACUUAGAAGUAGAGUCAUCUAUAUCGUCGUUCAACUCCAAACUGUUAGAAACCUCGAUUGGAUUAGCUUUGUUCCAACACAUUAGAAACCCCACAAGAUAUGACUUAAGAAAUUCUUCUUCUCUUUUAGAUUUAGUCUUCACACACGGUGAUGACGUUGGUCAGAUGACUCUCCUCCUACCACUAGGGAGAAGUGACCAUGCAGUCAUAUUAUUGAAAUUCAUGGCUGAGGUUGCCUGUCAAACAGUUGCACCGGCCCGUCCUAAUAUAUUGAAGGCAGAUAUUAAGGCAAUCAACUCCGCAGCAUCGGCUAAAACCUGGGAAAUUGACUCAAGGGCAUCAGUACAAGAGGCAUGGACUCUUUUCAGGCAGUUAUACAAUCGGGUAACUCAACCAUACAUACCCUGGACAGUUCCAAAGAAGAAGAAGCACGGCAAUCCCUGGAUAGGCCGGGAUAUUCGACGUUUACUAGGACAAAAAAGAAAUGUUGGGAUGUUGGCAUCCACCUUGGCACAGCAGGUACGAUGGAACGCUACAGAUCGGUAAGAAACAAGUGUAUAACAAAAUUUCUGGAAGCUCAAAGAAAAUAUGAAAUGCAGUUGGCACAAUCUGCACUCAAGCAGCCCAAGAGAAUAUUCGCGUACAUAAACUACAGAACAAGGAUGGAUCAUUGGAUUCCAAACCUAAUUAAAAAAUGGGGUGAAUUUGAACAGAUAGAUGAAGAUCAGGAAAAAGCAGAUUCUGUGGUUGACUAUUUUGGGGCAGUUUACACUCAGGAACCUCCUUUAGACAAAGAACCGGAUCAAAAUAAAGAGUCAACAAACCACCUGCUCACUGUGGGCUUCGAUCAAGACGAUGUGCUUAAGGCUCUUAGCACCUUAAACAUGAAAAAGUCAACAGAAUCAGAUGAACUACGCCCCAAAAUCUUAUAUACAUAUUGCACAAUAUAUCGCGGCCCCACUGGCUGUGAUAUUCAAUAUGUCACUUGACCAAGGUGUGUUACCCAUGGACUGGAAGGACGCGAUCGGCACUUCCGUGCAUAAAAUAGGACUAAGACAACUUCCAUCGAAC